AUGCCGGGCCAAGUCGUCCUGGUUCAUCAACUCAACGCCAGCUCCGAUGGACCUGUUCACUAUCUAUCCUUAACUGAAGACCAACUCCAGCGUCUAGCGCUAAACUCGAAUGCGCUAGUCAAGGCGGGCCAGGAGAACAAGAUUCAGGAAAAUCAAGUCAUCGAUUUCUUGGCUCUAAACGAGGACGUCCAAUUCAUCAAGACCGAAUCGUGCGUGCCUUCACCGUCCGCAGACGGGAGUGCGGAUUUCGGCGGCGAUGUUGACGUAAGCGUCAUGGAUACGUUCGACGCGUCGCCCUUACUGCACGAAGCGAGCAAAGACGUCGCUCUGACCAACCUUCAAGAAAACCUUGCAAAUCUUUCCGCCCUGCACGCAGAUGAGAACGCCGGCGCGUCAAACGCCGAAUACGAAACGGAGGAUCUUCUGUUGGCGCAACUCCAAGCUCAGCAAGGAACGGUUCAACGAGACGGUGAAGAAGUUGUUGAAGUCGACGACGACGAGAGAGCCGCGUCAGAAUACCUCAACGACGGUCAGCUAUACCUUGAGAAAUCAAAGCGGCUUGACAACUUCGUUCACCAUCCACAAUCAGCCCUGAAAUGCGAACAGCAACAACAGCAGCAGCAACAUCAUCAGCAGCAGCAACAACACCAGCAGCAGCAACAGCCACAACAUCAGCAUAUUGACUGCACGAGCACGAACCUGAUCGGAACAACAAGCACCGGUGAAGAUGGAGCCGUUAGCUGUUCGUCAGAGGCUCAGACCGAUGUUGCCGAAGUGAGUUCCACGACGCUCGAGCCCUCGACCACGUCGCCGACUCACUCGGAGAACACGAUUUCUGCCUCUACAGCUCCACCUCCAACUUUGAACAUCACUGACCAAGUCGUGUCGAGUGCACCCUCAGUGCAGCUCACCGAUAAUAAAAUCAGAGUGGUCAGCUUCAGCGGUGCGAAUAUUCUGACCUCGGCCGGGGAGCCGGUUCUUUUGGGCAACAUUCUUCUCGUACCCGAGACGCCCACCAUGAAGCUGCAGAUCGUGCAGGAGGGGUCCGCAGGCUCAAUGAAGGAGGUGAGCAUACGCGGCGUGGGUUCCGAUGGAGGUCUGGGUCAGGCGACUCUAGGACUGAACGGACUCACGUUGAGCGGCAUCUCCCUCCUUAGCCAGGGCCUCAGCCUACCGAGCGGGCUCACCGGCCACCAGGACAAGAAGUCCCAAAGACCGUUCCAGUGCAAACUCUGCUCGUCUAAAUUCAGCAGGCUGGGCAACUAUACACGACACCAGAAGACUCAUACCGUUCGUUCCGAAGAAGACGAGCGGUUCCACUGCGUAGAAUGCGGCAAAAGCUUCAUUCAGAGGUGCGAUCUCACCAGGCACCUACAUAUUCACUCCGGAACGGAACCUCACCGUUGUAAUCUCUGUGGAAAAGGCUACAUUCGUCACUCCGACUUGGUGACUCACCAGCGCUUCCACAACAAAGAGAAACCUUUUGGCUGUCCCCAUUGCCAGAAGGGAUUUUCCCAAAAAGGAGACCUGAAUCGCCACCUGCGUUCGAUCCAUUUGCAAAUUCGGCCUCUGACCUGUGGACAUUGUCAGAAGAAAUUCGCGAAAGAAGCCACCCUGAUUAGACAUAUGCGCACUUCGCAUCGAGAAAUGGUUUUCGAAUUCCUGAAGCAGAAAACCGGUGGCGAUGCGGCUCUGAUUUCCGAAGCUCUGAUUACCGGAACUGGCGACGUCUGCACGCCGACGGCGCUCGGAAGUCCAGAGUAA